CCAGGACACUGAUUAUCAGACGAUAUAUCCGUUAUUAGCUCUUUCCAAAUUUUUGAAUCCUAUUCUUAUUAUAAUACGGAUCUACCCCGUGAAACAUAUGCAUAAAUAUGGCUGCUGGCUACUGCAGCUGACCCGACUCCAUCAAGACAGUCCAUCGCGACUCAUCUCGCAAGAAGUCUUCCUCGGAAGAAGCGAUUCAGACUCGCGCGGAAUCUGCGAGCAUACUAGUAUGACGAUCAUAGCCGAACAAAUCAUACUCGGUCAGAUCAUUGAUCGAUUGACAGCCUGCUACAUUGCGUUGCAUCGGGCGCUUGAUUUCAAGUGCUAAAUGUGUCUUCUCUCAUUUCUGAGUCUGGACAGUCUCCACCUGGAACGGUAGUAUUCGCCUCAUGGGUUCUCCCCCGCCAAUAAAAGGCCCUCUAAAAGUUCCUCCCCCUCCUUCUCUAAACCUUCGUCCCCUCUAACAGUCAUGUCCCACCCAAAAAUUCAUCUGAGUGACAUCGCCCCAAAGCCUCGUUGGAUGACCUCUUGGGAGAGGCUCAAACACAAGAAGGAGGCCCACUGGCUCAUGGAAAUCGUUGCAGAAAUGCUGGGGGUGUUUCUUUACGUCUACGCGGGUCUGGGAGCCACUGCUGCAUUUGUUGUGGGAAGUCUCACCGGGACCAAUGGAUUAGGAUGUAAGUCUCCACCCUUUUGCUCAACAAUUUCGUUAUACACGGUUGGCUUCGCCUACUCCAUGGGCGUCGUAUUCGCCGUCUCACUUUGUGCUACGACGUCGGGGGGCCACUUCAAUCCAGCCGUCACGAUCUCAUCUGUUAUCUUCCGAGACUUUCCUGCGCGCAAAGCGGCCAGAUAUAUCGCAGCACAGAUCCUGGCAGGUUACAUCACGUGCUUCAUCGUCUAUGCCGAAUGGAAAGAUUUGCUUGAGGUUGCGGAGAACGUUUUGAUUGAAAAAGGCUUAUACGAGAGCGUGAUGUUUUCCAGCAGUGGGCCAGCCGGCGUAUUCGGUUUAUACGUCGCCCCUGGAACGAACCUGGCCCGCGUGUUUCUCAAUGAAUUUGUUACUGACUUCCUCAUCGGCCUAGUCAUUUGGGGUUCCCUUGACCCCACCAACCAGAUGAUCCCACCAGCAGCCGCACCUUGGAUCGUCGGUAUGGCAUACGCCGUUGCAGUCUGGGGGUACUCACCUACCGCAAUCGCCGCCAACACCGCCCGUGACGUCGGUGGCCGUCUCAUGGCUAUGACCAUAUGGGGAUCGCAAGCCUCGGGAGGGACUUACGCAGCUAUCGCUGCGCUGACGAAUAUCCCCGCCACGCUUCUCUCCGCUACGGUGUAUGAGCUGUUCUUGGGAUCUGCAACGCGGACGCUUACACCACACCACAUUCCUUUUCUCCGCGCUCACAAACAGUACUGCGAAGACAAUAAACUCGCACCAUACGGGUACCUCGAAGGGCUUAACCCACGACGCGACCGAUCGGAAUCACUCGACGAGUCAGACGUGGGGGAAAAGGAGCGAGAUAGUCGGAUCGAGAGUAGUGGAUGA